UCGACGACGACGAGGCGUAUGUUCAAAGUGCCUCAUGAAGGUCCAUAAUGCCAAUAAAAAAGCUUCUACGGGUGGAACGAAGGACCAACCCACGAGACUGAAUACCGGCCAACUCAUCAAGUCGUACUGGUCGUUCAUCACCAAGAACGACGUGGCAGGCCUCGAAGUGUUUCUAGCUCGGCACGGACACAGCGUGGACAUGGAUUCACGGCUAGCGGCAGCCAUGCAGGCCACGGGGUUGCACGUCGCUGUCCAGAAGAACAACCCCGCCAUGGCGAGUGUCUUGCUCGAGCACGGGGUCAACGUGAACGCGCAAAACAAGGUGGGUUCCACGGCGCUGCAUGUCGCGUGCAAGCAAGGAUUCCCAGACAUGCUUCGGCUGCUCAUUGACGCCGACGCCGACUUUGGGCUCCUCGAUGGGGUAGCUUUGUGAGGGUGGAUUGAACACGGC